AUGAAUACCGCCCACCCCCAGGUCUCCUCCUCGCCCCACGAUCCCUAUCGCACAACUCUCCCCCAUCCCAACGAUGCCAUCUACCGACCCGUCCCGCCCGGCGCUCCGCCGCAUCCUCACUCCAUGCCCCUCCCGCCCUUCUACGGCGACGCAUAUGCCCCUCCGCCGAGCUCGAGGGCUCCCAUCCCCGACCAGAUGCAGCCGGCGGAUGCGCUGGCUCCGCUGGCGCCCCUGACUCCAGGAGUCCCGCCGGCCGUUUCCGAUCCGCUGCCGCGCUCCUGCAUUGAGAAUGGGAGGAAAUAUGAGCUCUGUGUCGUGCAGCAACCGCGACGGGCUCGCAUGUGUGGCUUUGGUGAUAAGGAUCGCCGCCCUAUUACUCCCCCGCCGUGUGUCCGUCUCAUCAUCACGGACGUCGCUUCGGGAAAGGAGGUUGAUUGCAACGAAAUCGAACACGGGAUGUUCGUCCUCAAUGUGGACCUGUGGUCGCAGGAUGGAAACCGAGAGGUGAACCUCGUCCGACAUUCUGCAACAUCCCCAUCCAUCUCCUCCACAAUUCCGGCCUCCUUCUCAGAAGUCUCCCAAGGUGCUGCGGCCUACACGAGUACUCUCAACGCCAUCCGACGUGAACCUUCGAAUCCUCAAUUUAAAUUCGAGCCUGGUGCCAACCAAGGUCCCUCAUACCCAGGGUCGGCCUACAACCCAUACCCGGGCCCGCCACAAGUCACCGCAUACGCACAGCCACAAGGGCAGCCGUCCUACGGGGAUGGACAGUACCACCAGGGCUAUGCACCACCCACGAACGGAGGCUAUGCUCCAAAUGGUUAUCAGGCUGGAGGUCCGGCCGUCCCAGUUUACUACGGAGCUGGAAUCCAUGCCCAAAGCCAAGGCGGGCCAACGCAAUACGAUGGUCGUCCUUUCACCCCUAAUGACCCGGGAAUCCAGCGGCUACCAAUCAGCCAGACACAACCCAGUGGCAUGUAUACCCGAAACCUGAUCGGUAGCCUCGCGGCUUCCGCUUUCAGGUUGACGGACCCCGAUGACCGGAUCGGAAUCUGGUUUGUCCUGCAGGAUCUUUCGGUUCGGACGGAAGGUCACUUCCGCCUCCGCUUCUCAUUCGUCAACGUCGGUGCCACGUCAAACCCUGAUACCCCAACCUCCAACUCCUCCGGAAUCCAAUCCAGCAUGAUCAACACGGGCAAAGCUCCAGUCCUCGCGGCCUGCUUCUCGGAGGUCUUUACGGUGUACUCGGCGAAGAAGUUCCCUGGUGUGGUUGAGAGCACGCACUUGAGCAAGUGUUUUGCCACUCAAGGGAUCAAGAUCCCUAUCCGCAAGGAUGGACCAGGUGGGAAAGGCAACAAGGAUAGAGAAGAGUACGACGAGGAUUAG